CUGGUGUGCCGUGGAGAGACGUAUGUUGUUGAUGAACUUAUGAUUUGUGUAGAGAAGCCUAUUGGGGGGAGGGGGGUGCUGCAGCAGGUGGUCAAUAUUGCCCCAUCCCUAAUCAUGCUCCCUGACCCAUUUUAGUGGGAGGGUCAGGAGGGACACUCGGAUGCCAUGCUGGAAGCCUAGGAGAACAUUGACACACGUCAUUAAGUCAGUGUCACACACUGCUUCCCAUUCCACGUUCCUUCUUGGGGGUAACGCAUGGUGGAAUCCGCGUGGGUGUUUUUUUUUUCUUUCUGAUCUUUGUUUAACCCCGCUGUCUCAACCUGUAAUGUUUAAGCCACUGUUUCACAUGCAUUUCCGUUUUUGGAGGUGGGAGUGAAAGACCAAAGAAAGGCUGUGUACAGCCACAGAAAAUUUCAAAGCUCUGAAGCGUACUGAUGUCAGAAAUGGGGAGGAAAAGGGGGGGACACAUGUCUGUACUUAGAGGGUGCUGGUAAAUGCAUUUUAUCAACCUGCUCAUGUAAGCGCUAAUCGGCCAAGCUUUCCAACAGCUGCUUUUUAGACAAUAGCAAGACAGUAUUUCUUGUGAGUACGCGUAGUUCCUUAACGGUUGUGGUCUGAAGAAUUCCUGAGCUCACAGGCCCCUGUGGAAUGUUGAAGAAUUCAGUGGAAUGGCUGUUUGACUGAAAGUCUGGGAGGCGGAGGCUCAAUCAUUGAGAUGGGAAAAUUGACAGAAUUGGCUGACAGACGUGCUGCACCCCUUCUUGACGGAGAUGAAGAAACUUAAAUCCAUGGCAGUAACCACUUAAAAAACGCAAUAGCUUUUGGCUCCCGGGAAGGCUUGGGUCACAUAACCGUUCUCCUCCGAAACGGCGUGGAGGUCGUUUCUGAAGCGGCAUCUGUCUCCAGACGAUUGAAAAACAAAUGGCUCGAUCGCUGUCAAAAUCCAGCCGUCAAUGAGUGUGGUGCCGAGAGCCCAGCAUGAAGAAAGCAAGCAGGCCAGCCUCCACUAAAGCCCAGAGUGGAGAGCGGGGCAAGGCUGAAGGCGGCUCGGCAGGCACAACAGGAAAGACUGCCGCCAAGACGUCUGGCGUAGCGCCGUUAUCCAAGACUAAAAGCAAUGAUGACCUCCUAGCUACAAUGACAGGGGCAGCUCCAGUCAGCAACAGCACCGUCACCAAGGGCAAGAAGGGCAGCUCUGUCCAUCCGUCCUCCACAGCAACUAGCUCUGGGAAUCCAGAGGGCAAGCCGAAGACAAACUCUGGCUCUUCCACCAAACGUGGCACCUCUGUGACCUCCAAGGACCCCAGCUCAUCCCGGGACCGACUGCGGAACUCAAGGACCUCUGGCAGUCGAAAGCUUUCAACGACGACAGCAACUGCAGCAGGGCCCGCCGACGCAGUACAGGCUAAGCGUUCCCGCAGCCGGACCCUGGCAGAAACCGAGUCCCGCAUGAGCAAGUCCAAGUCAGACAGCCAGAUUGGGGAAAAAGCAGCGCUGGAGGCCAGGUUAAAGGACCUGCUGGGUCUGGCCAAGAGCAAGGACGUGGAAAUCCUGCAGUUGCGCAGUGAGCUCCGGGGCAUGCGAGCGCAGCUGGGCCUGGGGGACGAGCCUGCGGAUGAACGGGCUGACGACGAGGACAGGCCACAGGGCAGGGAAGCACCUGCUAUCACAGCUGCUGCUGUGGAGUCCACCCUCCUUUUGCUCCAGGACCAAAAUCACAGUAUCCGUGACGAACUGAACCUGCUGAAGAAUGAGAACCGAAUGCUGAAAGACCGGCUUAACGCUCUGGGCUUCUCCCUGGAGCAACGACUGGACGGGCCGGACAAACUCUUUGGCUACCAGUCUGCAAGUCCUGAGCCGGUGAUGGACGGUGGCCACAGUGACCGCGGCGGCGCCCUAGCCUCAUCCGUGGAGGGCUCGGCCCCUGGCUCCAUGGAGGACCUACUGGUGGAGCACCAGCGCAGCAGCUCCGUGGACAACCUAGACAGUGAAUCCAGUGAGGUAUACCAGCCUGUCACCUCCAGCGACGACGCCCUGGACGCUCCCUCUGGUGCCUCUUCCUCCUCCUCCGAGUCAGAGGGCGCACCAAGCCGUGAGCGAUCACGGAAGGGCAGCAGCGGCAACACGAGCGAGGUGUCGGUGGCCUGCUUGACGGAGCGCAUCCACCAGAUGGAGGAAAACCAGCACAGCACAGCCGAGGAGCUCCAGGCAACCCUCCAGGAGCUGGCCGACCUGCAGCAGAUCACGCAGGAGCUUAACGGCGAGAACGAGCGGCUGGGUGAGGAGAAGGUCAUCCUCAUGGACUCUCUUUGCCAGCAGAGUGACAAGCUCGAGCAUCGGGGCCGACAAAUCGAAUACCUGCGUUCGCUGCUUGAAGAGCAUCAUGUGGCCUACUCCUUGGAUGAGGAUGUCAAGAGCGGCCGUUAUAUGGAGCUGGAGCAACGCUACGUGGAGCUGGCGGAGAGCGCCCGCUUUGAGCGUGAGCAGCUGCUGGGCGUGCAGCAGCACCUCAGCAACGCGUUGAAGAUGGCCGAGCAGGACAACAAGGAAGCCCAGGAGAUCAUCGGCGCACUUAAAGAACGUAACCACCACAUGGAGCGCGCCGUCGAGUCCGAACGGCAGGAGCGGGCAGCUGCCGUGGCUGCGCUUGAGGAGUGCAAGGCCACGGCGGCCGGCGACCAAGCCGAGCUUAACCGUUGCCGGGUACAGUUGGAGCAGGAGCGCCAGAAGGUGGCUGAGCUCUACUCCAUUCACAACUCUGGUGAUAAGAGCGACAUCCGGGAAUUGCUGGAGAGCGUGCGCCUCGACAAGGAACAGGCUGAAGGCGAGGCCGCCAGGCUCCGGGAGGAACUGGGCCACACCCGCAACGAGGUCGCCCGACUCCAGGACACCCUCGGCAAGUUGGAUGAAGAAUACCGGGAUUUCAGGGAUGAGCUUCAAAAACAGUUGGCAGAACAGAAACGAGCCCUGGAGAAGCAGCGCGAAGACCUGGAGGAGAAGGACACGGAGAUUGGGGACAUGAAGGAGACCAUCUUUGAGCUGGAGGACGAGGUGGAGCAGCACCGGGCGGUCAAGCUGCACGACAACCUCAUCAUCUCUGACCUGGAAAAUUCUGUGAAGAAGCUGCAAGACCAGAAACAUGACAUGGAGAGAGAGAUAAAGAUUCUGCAUCGGAGGCUGCGGGAGGAGUCUGCGGAAUGGCGUCAGUUCCAGGCCGACCUGCAGACCGCUGUGGUCAUCGCCAACGACAUCAAGUCGGAGGCCCAGGAGGAGAUCGGCGACCUGCGUCGUCGUCUGCAGGAGGCCCAGGAGAAGAACGAGAAGCUGAGCAAGGAGCUAGAGGAGCUGAAGAACCGCAAGCAGGACGAGGAGAGGGGCCGUGUGUAUAACUACAUGAAUGCAGUGGAGAGGGACCUGGCGGCCCUGCGUCAGGGCAUGGGCCUGAGCCGGCGCUCCUCCACCUCCUCUGAGCCGUCACCCACCGUCAAGACCCUCAUCAAGUCGUUCGACAGCGCCUCGCAAGGUCCAGUCCCCAGCACAGUGCCUCCUACUACUACAGCCGCUGCUGCCACCACACUUCCCCGGACUCCCCUGAGCCCGAGUCUCCUAAAAACUCCCCCUGCGGCCGCAGUCUCACCUAUACAGAGACACACCAUGAGCGGGUCCAUCUCCACUCCGAAGCCCCUCCCCACCCUUGGCGACAAGAGGCCUGCCUAUGCGGAGAUCAGCGUGCCAGUAGAACACCUCCUCCGUGGCCCCCCAGGCAGUCGUCCUGGGUCUGCCCUGCAGAGGGUCUCCAAUAUGGACUCCACCAAGGCCAUUUCAGGAGGACCCAGGAACAUUGUGUCACUUCCUCUGCCUUCCAUAGUGUCCCGUCGGAGUAGCGAGGAGGUGAAGAGGGACAUCUCGGCCCCAGAGUCGGGGGCUGCCGCUUCACUGAUGGUCAUGGGCGGGACCCCCAGCCAGCUGUCCUUGGCCUCGUCCUCACCCACCGCUUCCGUGACCCCCACUACACGCAGCCGACUCCGGGAGGAACGCAAGGACCCUCUGUCGGCGCUGGCACGGGAAUAUGGCGGCUCGAAGAGGAAUGCCCUACUCAAGUGGUGCCAGAAGAAGACUGAAGGGUAUCAGAACAUUGACAUCACUAACUUCAGCAGCAGCUGGAAUGACGGUCUGGCUUUCUGUGCUAUCCUCCACACCUACCUGCCAGCCCAUAUCCCGUACCAGGAGCUUAACAGCCAAGAUAAGAGGCGAAAUUUCAUGCUGGCUUUUCAGGCAGCGGAAAGCGUGGGGAUCAAGUCCACAUUGGACAUCAACGAGAUGGUGCGCACGGAGCGGCCGGACUGGCAGAGCGUGAUGACCUAUGUCACGGCCAUAUAUAAGUACUUUGAGACCUGAUGCAGCGUGGGACUUGCGGUCCGCGUGUGAAAGAUGCCGCUGCUGCACACCGUUGCCUCGGAUACCACACCUGUCGUCUCUCCCUCCUGCCGACUGUCUGAAGACUCUCUUCUGAACAUUAGCAAGUGCUCUUCCCCCGGCCCACCCACCCCCCCCCCCCCCCUUUGUUAGCACACCUCAGAUAAUCAGCGCAUGCUAGAAAGUGAGAUGGUGGACGGUCAUCUUCUUCGGAUUUAACCCCUUUAUGGCGAUUUCCAGUGUCAGUGUCCGCUACAGAGUCAGUUGCCAUGACCGCUAAUCCCAUCACUACCGGUUCCACACAGCCGAGCUGCUUUUCAUUGCUGUCUUGUUUUGGGGGGCCUUGAAUUAAUCAGGGUUUUCCUUUUUUCUUUUCUUCCUGUAUGUCAUUUAAUUCCCAAAUGAGACGUUUUCCUUCCCAGCUCUGUAUCUCCUGACCCCCCCUUCAGUCUGCCGAGGGGAAACGAGGGGCCCCAGCCUUUGCCAUUGUAGGUUCCUGCUUCUGAGAGCGAACCUGACCUUUGUGCCUUUGCUCGCACCCACUGCUUGCUUAUUUAAACUCUCCGUAGACUAACAGCAAGUGUACAGUUGUGGGUUCAGUAUAAUUUUCAUGGAAAUCGUGUGCAGUUUUAAAUCUGAGAAUAUUGGUUUGGGGUGUUCUGGUUGUUUUGAGUUUGUUUGUCUUUCAGCAAUAGGGUCCAAGUUUGGCCAAUGCAGUGCCUGACUGGGCAGAGCCUUGUGGGAUAAUCUCCUCCGAAGAGGAGGCACAGUUUGCUGAGAGAACCUGCGUUUUACACUCAUGUUCUAUUUAAGUCGUUACACUUUUUGUUUUGCUGGUCUCGGAAAGUUAUUAAAAUGUAUAAUUUUAUGAUUGCAACAGUGGUUUUGGAUAAUUUAAGAUUUAGUCAGAGAUCAGAGAGACUGAACCAAAUGUUUCAGGGGCUGGAGGAAGCCAGUCGAUCAUAAGCUUUAUGGGGACCCUGACUCAGGCGGAGGGAGCUGCGUUACUGGUUUUUCGUAUCGUUCGUCUUGUUUUGUCGCUUGGUAGUGUUCUGUCACGAAACCCUGGUGUGAAGUAUCCUCUGAAGUCAUGGAAAGAGCGAGCGUUUAAUAAGCUAAGUGUCUGCUUUAUGGGCAAUACAACAUUCAAACAAUGAGUGUGUGAUGGUUGGCCAGUGAGCUUGGCGUUACCAUUGGAAUUGGUAAUUACAGUUAUCGGUAAUGUGGUAAAUUACUCAUGGAGUCUAGUCCAUGAGGAUAAUGGCUUUUAUGGUCAGGUAUAGGUUACUUGUACUGCACUAUAUCUCAUAUUACAGAAUACAUUUUUAAAUGUAUUUUUCUUCUGUUUUUCAAACAGCUGUUGAUGGAGACUUUACAGCAUACGAAUGCCUUCUUAAUGGUCUGUCUCAUGUGAACUCGGAUUGCUGAGUUAGAGGUGCGAUCAUGGAGAAUGGGGACACUGCGAUUCAUAUUCUAAGGCUGUGAUUGAAGGGAUUGUUUGUUUGAAUGAGAUUGUCUGUUAAGUUGAGAGAGGUCAUUUCAAGGUCAUACAGUUCAGCAGCAAUAUAAGCAGUAUUCUAAAUAUGCAUUGCUGAUAUGCACCAUUUUCUGCUGGAUUUAACUGCUUCAUGUGCCAUUUAUUUUAAUUUUCUAAAACCAAAAACGAAAGAUCAUUUUGUGCGUUUUAACUUCUUCGUUCCAGGCUUGGGGAAAUGCCUAACUCCUCACUGUAACUUCCCUUUCAGACACAAAUCUCAAGCAUUAAUGGCCUCUCUGAUUUAAUGUACAGGCUGAUUUCCAUUGGAGUCUUAAUUAGUGCUGAAAGGAUGAUUAGGGUCUUACCCACAUAAUUGAGUCCUUGGCUCACAUCCCACACUGGCAGUUCAGAUUAGAUAAAAUAUACUAUGGCUUGGCGAUUCAAGUUUUGUGUGUACAUAAAACAUUUAUCAGUUUGAAAAACAAUUGAGCAGUUCCGAUUUUAGCCACUAAUAGAGAUUUUUAAUCUGGCACUGAGAUAUCAGGUCUCAGUCUACGGGCUUGUGUUAGGGCCGGCAUUGAAAGUGACAGGCUUCAGGGAAAUUGAGCUGUUACCUUGAGCCCUCCCUGUCAGUCUGGAGCUGCCGCCCUUGUAAAAGCUCCCCCCCCCCCCACUGCAUUUGAGGCCCCCCACGUAGGAACCAUGCUCAUCCUCUACUGCCUUAUGAGCUCCUAGUCGUCAUUAUUUGUGCCUAAAGCGGACGUUUGCGUAAACCUCACGAGACCACAGCUUCAAGUGGAGCACAGCUUAGUUUUUGAGAAGCACACGUUCACCUCCGGCAGCUCUUGGCUCGUCGGGGGAGGAUGUUCUUUUCGGGGACCAUGAAGGUCUUCCAUCAUUCUUAGAGAAUACAUGUUAGAUAUCUGUAUGAUUGUGUAUAGUUUCUUAAAAUCUUACGGCUGCUUUUUUUUUAUUUUAUGACGAGCUGCUUAAGUAAUUGGUUGGUGUCACCUGGCGGUCAGAGCUGACGGGCAGUGGUCAAAUGCUGUUCCCAUGGGAACAGACCCCGUCUGGACAGUGGUGUGGAAACGUGCUCAGGUUCAUGUCCACGUUUUACUGUGGUUCACACAUUUUAUUCACGUCGUCCUUGACUGUCGUCCGCCGUUCUCGACACUGCAAACCGAAAUGCCUUCCGAUGACCAUUGCGUGGACGUUCAUGACAUUUUCUGGAGUUUAACCUGUCCUCUCCAUGGAAGAACUACUUUGUUACCUGGAUCCUAAACCCAUGACCUACGUUUUGGUAAACUCCUGAGUUAACACUAUCUGCAAUGAAAACAAUAUAGGCGAGGAUUCCUAGAAAAUAUUGAAAUACUCCUUGUUUAUUUUCAUGUGUAUCAUGUUGAAUGUAAUUAAAAUACUUCAAGCUUCUCCUA